GAUCGAUUUCGUAUUUCCCCAGCCCCCUUCAAUGUCGGUUCUUACUCUUUUCACGCGGGACGAUGGGAUCAGUUUAGAUUCAUUGUGCCGCAUUACAGAUAAUUUCUGGAAUAUUUUGUAUUGUGGUAUCUUCGUGGGAUCAACUUUAGGAGCAAUCUUUGCCCUCGCCCGCACCGUUUUGCUCGGCUCCUUGAUCCCCUUAUGCGGUCUGUUGUACAGGCGAGUCAUCGAUGACUAUCCUCCACACCGCCGAUGCUACAAAGAACAUCUUCUCAUCAUCAUCGACUUUUGCUGUUGCGUCUGCAUUCUCCAUCCUCUACGACGUCUCCGUGUCUGGUGCUCACACAUUUAUCCAAGAUCUCGGAAGCGUAUGAAGGUGAAUGUACCCGCAGAUUCCAUCCUUCCCCAAGAACUGUGCGAGAUCAUCAUCAGUCUCUGUCGCUCUGACCGAAAGACCCUCCUCACUUGCAGCCUCGUCUGCAGGGCAUGGGUCCCAAUCAGUCGGAGCCUUUUGUGGACACAUAUCCACUCCAGCGACCGUGUACGAUAUUUCGUCAAGCUCUUGCAGUCGCCAGAAAACACCAUAUCGCCGCAUAUCCAGACAGUUUGCCUUCAGAUGUACACAAAGUGCGACCCAAUGAUUCGAUACCAGCACGCUCUCCGUGCUCUUUCAAAUGCCAAUGCUAUGCCAAAGCGAGCAAUAAUUGCCGGACAGUCAUUGACUCCGGUGAUGGCACUAUACCGCCAUUUCCCGGAUAUUCAGCGGCUCUCGUUUAAUUAUGGGAGUCUUGGAGAUGGCGAAGAGACAUCCGCUGCCGACUUCAGGCGCCUGCUCUGGUAUUCGAGCCUGUUCUACCAACUUGAACGACUUUCGAUAAAAUUCUUCCGCCCGGGGGGCACUGAGGAUAUCCCGCUCUCGUUGAGGGAAUGCAAACUUCCCAUGCGGUUACGUUGGAUCUCGUUGAAAUGCUGGAAUCGGGAUCUCUUGCAUUGGCUUAGGGGACUCCCCCAGACACGUGAGUUGAUGGCUUUCAAGCUGAAGUUUGGAGGUCACUGGCGCACGUUGGAUCCCAAACCAAUCAAUGAUAUCCUGCGCGUAGGCCAUAGAAGUCUUCGCUUCGUUGCUUUGACUAUUGUGGAGUGGGAUAAUGGUUUUCCUGAUCUGAGUUGCUUGAUAGAACUUCGGACGGCCGUGUUCUACGUUUACCAUUUCCCUUCGGCCAUGGAAACAAUAGCUUCGUUGAAAUCGAGUCAUAUCGAAACCGUCACCAUCAUAACAAAAGACAACGAAAGCAUGAUAGGUGACUAUCUGGAUAAUUUCAUGACUGGAAUAGGCUUCGCUUUCUUGUAUGGGGGAUCUACCUCGCGACGAUACGUUCCAUCUACGGUCCGGAGUGAUUCUUGAUUUUGGAUUCAUCCAUUAUGUUGGUUACAAUCUCAAAUGCUCUGAUGCAUCAGCAUCACCUGUUUACGCUGGAAUUUCGAUCAGACAACCGUAGAUAAACUCGGCCUGUCAUUAAAUGUGAGAAGACCCCGCGAGGUCCAAUCAUCUGUCGUUAUCCCUUCGGAUAUGCAAGUGUAUGUCCCCUAUAUCAUGCAUAACCUUGUGGCUGUGAGAGUUGAGCUGAAUGUCAAUGAAUGGUAGCUGCAAAGAUGAGUAGAGAUACUGGCCAAGUAAAGCUACCAGCUACUGAAUGUUGAAUGAAAG